AUGGUGUCCAGGAGCUCAGACCCCCAGUGGUGGCUGGGAAAAGGAGGGCGGCUCACAGAGGAGACAGGCAUCUCUGAGCUGCUGGAUUGCCAAGCCUGGGGCACCCUCUUCUGGGACCUCAUGGGACAGCAGUUGAGUCAGCAGCUCCUGCCCAGACGUUUCAGGAAGCUGAGGCCCCAUCGCCAACUCGCUCACCCACCUCGGGAGGGCCGGGGAAGAGCCCCCACCGCAGUGACCGCAGGACGAGGGGCGUCGCGUUCCCCAAGGGGCUCCCUGCCAGCGGUCUGCCGGCUGCUGGUGGGACAGAAGCGCGGACACGCGAGCGCCGAGCCCCCCUGCGGGCCCUCCCGUCGCGGCCACAUCACCCCACCCCGCGGCCGGCCCCCGCGCCCCGAUGCGUGGCAGGCUCUCCCGGCCCGCGGCCGCCGGGGAUUAGCGCGCACGUCGCGGGCGCGGGGAUUAGCCCGCGUGGCCUCGGCGCCGGCCCGGGGAUUACCGCGCGCUCCCCCGACGUAUAUAUGCGGGCGGCGGCGCCGGGCUGGCGGCCGGGCGGGCAUGGCUGCGGCGGCGGCGGCGGGGGGCGCGGCGAGCCGCGGGGGCCCCGGGCGGCCGUGCGCCUUCUCCAUCGAGCACAUCCUCUCCAGCCCGGCCGAGCGCAGCCCCGCGGCCCGCCCGAGCCCCACGCCGCGCUCCAGGGAGCCCGGGAGCCCCGCUGCGCCCGAGGCCGCGACUUGCGCCUGCUGCUGCUGCUGCGGCCGCGCCCCCCGCGGGUCCCCGGCGCCCGUCGUCGGGCCGGGGGAGUGGGCAGCGCGCCGGGCGCGGGCUCCGGGGCCCGCAGGCGCGCGGCUGCCGUGGCCGCUGAGGCUGGGGCUGGGGCCCGCGGGGGCCCCGCUGCCCGCGCCGUCAGGGGAGCCCGGGGCGCUGCCCGGCGUGGCGGUGGCCGUGACCGUGGGCGGCCCGGGCCCGCAGCGGCGCACGCGGCGCCACCGCACCAUCUUCAGCGAGGAGCAGCUGCAGGCCCUGGAGGCGCUCUUCGUGCAGAACCAGUACCCCGACGUGGGCACCCGCGAGCGCCUGGCCGGGCGCAUCCGCCUGCGGGAGGAGCGCGUGGAGGUCUGGUUCAAGAACCGCCGGGCCAAGUGGCGACACCAGAAGCGUGCGUCGGCGGCCGCGAGGCUCCUGCCCGGAGCCAAGAAGCCCCCCAAGGAGAGCUGCUGAGGAUUCUGGGGUUCACUCCUGGCCGGGCUUGGCCGCGC